CUCUCUCUCUCUCUCUCUCUCUCUCUCAACUAGAAGCUGUACUGUCAUGAGAAGUUUAUGUUUGUAGGCGUUACGUUGUAAUGCUGCUUGAUCUAACCCAUUUCUGGACAAUGCUGCGUGCUUCAGCGGAUCCAUAUCUUGUACUUCGAUUUCAAAAUUGGUGUGGUUUACGGGAAGUGGGCGAAGAUGGCAAGUGUAUUCAAAACGAACGAGCCGCCAAGAUUCCAAACGGCCAUGCUAACGGACACAUCAAAAAUGGAUUUGUAAAUGGCUAUACAAAGAAUGGUUUUCAUAGAAAUGGUCAUUGGAAAGCUGAUUGUGCAGACGAUUUAAUACAAGACCAAGAAGUACGCCCAAAGAAUGCACAACACUAUACUUACAACCCCUUCUGGCACGCACUUUUCAUAUUCGGCUCAACUUUGGGCAACGAAAUAUUCUACAUAACUUUCUUUCCUUGUUUAUUUUGGAACAUUGAUGAAUUCAUAGCUCGUAGAAUGGUGUUUCUGUGGGCAUUGCUUCUUUACUGUGGUCAAUGUGCUAAAGAUGUCAUCCAAUGGCCCCGUCCGCCCUGUCCCCCUGUAAUAGCAGUGGAAAAGCGRUAUCAAUGGGAGUAUGGCAUGCCUUCUACACAUGCUAUGGUUGGUGCUUUAAUUCCAUUUUGCCUSGUGUACUAUAGUUACGAUCGAUAUCAGUAUCCACUUCCUGUUGGUGUUGCGUUUUUAGUAUGUUGGUGUUUGUUAGUGUGUAGUAGCAGAAUGUACAUGGGAAUGCAUAGUUUACAGGAUGUCAUUGCUGGUUUGGUGUUUGCCAUAAUAUUACUGGUACUUGUUGUCCCUGUACUAGACUUCCCAACAGAGGAAUGGGUUCUAACAUCUCCCAGUUCACCAAUAUUUAUGGUAGCCAUUCCCAUGGUGAUGUGUAUUGUUUAUCCAAUUCCACCCAUGCAGACAGACACUCGUGCAGACACAACAAUGGUAGUGGGGACAUGUGUUGGGGUCAUGUUGGGAUCAUGGGCACGUUAUGCUCCUACUAAAGUACCAGAUCCUUACUUGGGAGCACCAUUUCCAGUCACAUUUCCUGGACCAGACAGGAUCAUGACCAUGAUCUGCAGGUUUAUUUUUGGUAUUCUUGUGAUGGCUCCAUCGCGUAGUUUCAUGAAGUCACUUAUUUUUACAGUAUUACCACGCCUUAUUCCAAAGAGUGACAGACAGGGAAGCAAAGAAUUUAUUGAACUUGUCCAUAGAUUUGUAACAUACUCCUUUCUUGGUAUYAAUGCUGUAUUCGUUGUACCAAGGUGCUUUGUGUAUUUUGGUAUAUAAGCAACAUACGGCAGUGAUUGUCACAUACMAAUAUACAAUCUAAGUGAUUUGCAGUUUAUAUCAAUCACUUGAAUUGUAUAUUUCAUUGCAUUUAUCAUUAACAUACAACAUGUAAAACUAUUUUAAUGCAAAUAAAACUAGAUCCUUGUUUAGUUCCUGUCACAGGGUACAUCAUACUACUAGUAGAACACAGUUUGCUAUACAUAAAAAGCUGUACAUUCGCUAAUAAACUUAAUACUGCAGCACAAUAGAAAAUAGAAGGUCUUACAGAAAUGCAUCUAAGUAACUAUGUGUAGAUUGAUUUUAAAAUUGAAAGUUUGUAUUGGAAUAUCAUGUAUGUACUGUAGUCCAGCGCUACAGUUACGUAUAGUCAAUCCAACAAUCGAGUCAUUUUAUAUUAUGUUUUUAAUUUUCACAGGAAUACAGUAAAACCCUGUGUAUGAGAACCAAUGUUUCUAAGUUUACUUCAUUGGUWUUUAAUGAGUGUAUUCAUUUAAUCUGUGAAAUUGCACAUAAGCAAAGUAGUGCAAUUUUACAAGAAAUCUAUCACAUAAGUGAAACAUUUAGAAUUACCAUGAUUGUUCAUUAUCACCAUUUAUUAAAUUGCGCAAAAUAGCAAGAAGAGGCUUGUACWAUUUCAAAGAUAAAAUUCAUUCACUCAAGUUCAUUACAAAGUAAAAAUAAUUUCCCAUAUAUGGUGUCUUUAUUGAUAUAGAUGUGACUUUCGUUCUAAAAAUACGUACUAGAAAUUGCAUUGAUAUUUUACUCUUGCCAUUCAGUCUUUCAUUUUUUGCAAGAUAAAGUUAAGAUUAGGCCAUACGCUACUGCUGGGAUGAAUUUACUUCACUACUUUCAUUUUUUAUUUGAUAAAUCUUGAAACCAUUCGGAUAAGAACAGUUUAAUUUCUUAGGUUAAAGAUGUUGUUUUCUAGCAAGUGUUAGGUUCUCUAGCCACUGGUUCUCAUAUGCAGGUACUAAUGUGGUGUUUAGUCAAAACCACACUUUUUUGUGCAUUUAGGUAUUUACACUAAACCAUAGAAUAACCUUAUUUGGACUGUAUAAUGAUAACAUAGUCUAGUUUGUCACCAUGGCUACUCAACUACUCAAAUGACAGUAUGGAAAUCACUCAAGAAURAUUGAGUUCAUAAAAUAUAUUUGUUUUUAGAUUGUGAAGUUUUUUUCAUAGUCUUUUUCAAACAUGAUUUAACUCUAUGGCCAAGAAUGAUAGCAAGCUACAGUACAGCUGUAAAAAAGAACUUGUCAGAUGUGUUGAGGAGCAAAAACAGUGCUACUGGGAAUUGUCAACAAGAAACAAACGGAUAUGUCGAUUGCAAACAAAAUAUCUGUGAAAUAGCUWACAAAAUUAUUAAAUGUUUAAAAAAUUUAAAUUAUUGUAAUUUAAACAAAUUAUUUCACAGGUAUACUGUUUGUACAAAGUUUAUUGUAGUCGAUAUAGUAUAUGCAAACAGUGUGUCCCUUCAGCACAAACACUAGAAGUGCAACUGCAUUAAUAUAACUAAAUACUGCUAACUUGUGUUAAUUCCAUGGUUUUCUAUUGAAUGUUUAGUUAUUCAAGUCUUGCACACUUUAGUGUUUGUGCUCUACUGCACAAAUUAAUCUCAACCAAAUAUUCUCCAAAAGAAUAAAUAUGUGCAGCUACUGACASUGUGGGCCGUUGURCUCUAUCACYGAAGAAAAUUAAUAAACAUUGUAGUCUUAUAUAACAAAAGAAGACAAAGCAGGUUCCAUAGGUCUGCUCAAAAAUGUCACUUUAUUUUUAUCAAUUCACAUAAAAUAAACAGUUCUCAAAC